AAUGUAUAAAGUCAACAUACCUACCAAUCAAGAUACAGAACAGGUACGUUACCCCCAAGUUCUGUCUCGCUGUCCCUUCGAGGUUUCCCUGUUCCUAAUCCCUGGUACCACUGAUCUGUCCUCCAGCCCUUCAGGUUUGUUUUUUCUAAAAUGUCAUAUAAAUGGAAUCAUACAGUAGGUAGCCUUUGAGUAUGGCUUCUGUUUGCACAACUGUGUUUUGAGAUUCGUUCAUAUGUUAUGCAUAUCAACUGUUUAUUUCUUCUGUUUAUUACUAGCGUUCCAUCAUAUGCUAUUCUGCCAUUUAUUUAUCCAUUCUUCCAUGUGUUUUAACAGCAGCCCUUUGAACUAUGUCCCUAUUAGACAGCAAGGAACUAGGGACUGGAGAUGUUAAAUAGCAGAGCUAAAUUUUGAUAUAACUCCCAAGUCCAGGGUUCUUUCCCACCCCACCCAAGAGGUGAUUUGGUCCAGUGACUCAAUUAGCAUUUCUUGACUGCCCAUCCAAGAGGUUGUCAGGCUUCCUGAGUUGCUGGAGAAUUCCCUUUGCAGAACUGGGGCCUGAGGAUUGAUGAAGGAAAGUAUACACCCCAGUGUGUGACUCACCAUAUGUGCUCCUCUUUUUCUGUCUGGUGACAAGCUCACCAGUAUUGGCAGGAUGGAGCUGCCCAAACCCAUACAGUAUUUAAUAAAAAUUUUCUAAGUCUGUCCCAGGAGUUGACUGCAUUGAGUCUGCUAGGAUAGUGACAUCGAGGCCUCCUGCAGGUAGGAGUGCAACCAUCGUGUUUCACUCCCUGGAACAACCAGGAAGGAAAGACCUAACCCCUGGGUCUCCCUCCACAGUGAUGUCGGAGCUUAGCGAUGAAGCUAGUGAGCCAGAACUCCUGAACCGCAGCUUGUCCAUGUGGCAUGGGCUGGGUGCUCAGGUCAGCCGGGAAGAGCUGGCCGUCCCCUUGGAUCUUCACACAGCUGCUUCCAUCGGCCAGGAUGAAGUGGUGAAGGAAUGUGUGCAGCGGAGAGAGUUAGAUUUGAAUAAGAAGAAUGGUGGUGGCUGGACCCCGCUGAUGUAUGCCUCGUACAUCGGACACGAUACCAUCGUGCACCUGCUGCUCGAGGCGGGGGUGAGCGUGAACGUGCCGACCCCGGAAGGGCAGACUCCGCUGAUGCUGGCUUCUAGCUGUGGCAACGAGAGCAUCGCCUACUUUCUCCUCCAGCAAGGUGCCGAGCUGGAAAUGAAGGACAUUCAGGGCUGGACUGCUCUCUUCCACUGCACUAGCGCCGGGCACCAGCAGAUGGUCAAGUUCCUCUUGGACAGUGGAGCGAAUGCCAACGUGAGGGAGCCGGUAUAUGGAUUUACUCCUUUGAUGGAAGCAGCUGCCGCUGGCCAUGAAAUAAUUGUGCAGUAUUUUCUCAAUCAU